GCGGCGAGCCGCGGUCGCGGCGGGUGACCCGGACCCUGGUAGGGUCUUCAGUGGGGGUCUCGAGUGCGCUUGGACCCCAUCUUCUGGGACGCGUCAGGAGAAGGGAGCAUUGGCCUUUCCUUCAUUAGGCCAAAGAUGCCUCUGUUUGGGAAUACAUUCAGUCCGAAAAAGACGCCUCCUCGGAAGUCUGCUUCUCUCUCCAACCUGCAUUCCUUGGAUCGUUCAACCCGGGAGGUGGAGCUGGGCCUUGACUACGGAACCCCCACUAUGAACCUGACAGGGCAAAGCCUGAAGUUUGAAAAUGGCCAGUGGAUAGCAGAGAUGGGGAUUAGUGGAGGUGUGGACCGGAGGGAGGCUCAGCGCCUUCGCAGGCGGAACCAGCAGUUGGAAGAAGAGAACAAUCUCCUGCGGCUGAAAGUGGACAUCCUGCUAGACAUGGUGAGGCAGCUUUCAGAGACCACUGCUGAAUCCCACCUAAUGGAGAAGGAACUGGAUGAACUGAAGAGUGUCAGCCGGAGGAGAAAAUGAAGGCCUCAGAGACUGUUGUUAGGAGAGCAGGGAGAAAGCCACUGGUCGGGGAAGGGUAGCGUGUGGCUGAGCAGAUUUUUUUUUUUCUUUUAGCCAAACUAGUAUAUUGAGACGUGUGAGAGAGUAUCAUAUAGUGGAGCCAACAGGCACUGGCACCCUGCUCUGGCAGUAGGAAGGUGACGAGUGAUGGAGGAUACAAAGAUUCCAGGCCAGAGCAAUGCACGGCCUCGGGAUGCCAGGCCGUAAACCAGGCCUCAGGGAGGCCUUGGGCGAUGGUAAGCCUUUUGGUGCUUUCUACACACAUAGGCAGACAAGGGCACGUGGCCCAAAAUCACCCUCUUGGACAGGCACUGUUGGGAGCAGCAGCUGGAGUUCAUCGUCUCAUCCCCUUAGGCUGGUAUCUGUGGUGUGGCACCAGCUCUAAAGAGCCCUAUAUCAGGGGGUCUCAGAACCAAGAGUGUCUCUCUUGGUUCUCUGCCCCUCCGGUGACUCUCUCCCUGCCUUGGAAGAAUACUUGCUCCCCUAAUCCACCACCUCCUUUGGCUUCAGCCUUCCAUGGCAACACUAUGUUUUUGUGCUACUUUCCUGUUUACACUACUUUUUUAUUAAAUGAUGUUAAAUAAUG